AGGCAAGAACAUAGGCCUAGAGUUCAAGCCCUAGGACUGAAAACAAUAAAGGAAACUCACUGGAAGCUUUUGAAAAAUAGAGGAGUGAAACUUGGAAAAUGACAGCAGUAAAUGAAGUUACUCCCAUACUAAAGUAUAAUAGAUGUGUGUGUUGAUUGCCACAAUGCCCUUUUUACAAUUAAUAUAUACUGACAAAAAAGAAUGACAAGUAAAACAGCCUAUGUUACAGUGUUGUACCAGCAGGAAGGAGAGUGUGAAUGAGGGUGAAUAUGCUCAUAAUAUUUUAAAUGCAUGUAUAAAAACAAGAAAAAUGAAACUGUAGAAGUUGCUUUAAGAAGGGAGAUAAAUGGGGCUGGGGCACAGAUGGAUGUGUGAGAGAAUGAUUGGUGAGUUGAUUGUGAUACAUCAUGUAUAUUUAUGGGAAUUUCACAACAAAUACCCCUUGUAGAAUUAAUAUUUGCUAAUCUUUUUUUUUAAGUUUUAAUAUUACAGUUUUUCAGGCCAGGCAUGGUAGACACUCUUGAAGUUACAGUAGUUGGUAGGUUGACAUAGGAGAGAGAGGCCAUCUCUGUCUCAAAAAACCCUAACUCCCAGGUUGUUGUUUUCUAGCAUUGUGCCAUCUUUUUUAACCUGUAUUAACUACGUAGAUAAAAAGUUUUGAAGACUUCUGACUAUGCUUAUGAGUCAUGUAACUAUUAACUUGGUUGGUGUAAAUGAUAAGUUUUUCUAGGGCUUUUUUUUUUCUUUAAAAAAUGUUCUCAGUGUUUUACUGUAUACAGGUUUUCUCCAAGGAAAUGUUCUGGUACAAUCUUACCACACUUCCUUAAGAUAAAAGCCUUUGUAUGUACUAAUCCGAAGUUUACAUUAUUGCUGAGCUAUUUAUUUCUCAAGAAUGUGAGUACAUAUAUGUAUAAAACAUUCCUGAGCUACUGAAGUAGUUCUCUUUCUGACUCAGUCUUUUGGGGUUUACUACAUUUCCCAUUCAGUUAUUCCACCCCAUGGGUUGUAAAUGCUUACAUUUCAUUGGUUCCCUUUGGCCACUGCACAUCCACAUGCCAUUGUUUGUCAGACAGUGGGAUUUUAAGGGUUGCUCUUUGCUUGGGACACUUUAACUUUUGUGCUUCUGGUUGGAGGUAUGAUGCUAGGGACAGUUCUGCUUCCAUCUCAUGGUUAUGACAGGGAUCAGGACACUGCACUUUGUUGCCUAUGCCAUGAAGUCUCAGAAUCUCCUCUAUCCAACUUGACAGAUACAGAUCACUUUGCCAGCUGUGUGGAGGAUGGAUUUGAGGGAGACAAGACUGGAGGCGGUAGUCCAGAAGCUUUGCACCGCCCAUAUGGUUGUGAUGUUGAGUCCCAGGCCCUGAAUGAAGCCAUCAGAUGGAGCUCCAAGGAAAACUUGCUUGGAGCUACUGAGAGUGACCCUAAUCUUUUUGUUGCACUUUAUGAUUUUGUAGCAAGUGGUGAUAACACACUCAGCAUUACUAAAGGUGAGAAGCUACGAGUCCUUGGUUACAACCAGAAUGGCGAGUGGAGUGAAGUUCGCUCUAAGAAUGGACAGGGUUGGGUACCAAGCAACUAUAUCACCCCAGUGAACAGCCUAGAAAAACAUUCCUGGUACCAUGGACCAGUGUCACGCAGUGCAGCAGAGUAUCUUCUCAGCAGCCUGAUCAAUGGCAGUUUCCUGGUGCGAGAAAGUGAGAGCAGCCCUGGGCAGCUGUCUAUCUCGCUCAGGUAUGAGGGCCGUGUGUAUCACUACAGGAUCAAUACCACCACAGAUGGCAAGGUAUAUGUGACUGCUGAGAGUCGCUUUAGCACCCUGGCAGAGCUUGUUCACCACCAUUCCACGGUGGCUGAUGGGCUGGUGACAACAUUACACUAUCCAGCACCCAAGUGUAAUAAGCCAACAGUUUAUGGUGUGUCCCCCAUCCAUGACAAAUGGGAAAUGGAACGAACAGAUAUUACUAUGAAGCACAAGCUUGGAGGUGGUCAGUAUGGAGAGGUUUACGUUGGCGUCUGGAAGAAAUACAGCCUUACAGUUGCUGUGAAAACAUUAAAGGAAGACACCAUGGAAGUAGAGGAGUUCCUAAAAGAAGCUGCAGUGAUGAAGGAAAUAAAACAUCCUAAUCUGGUACAACUAUUAGGUGUGUGCACUUUGGAACCGCCGUUUUACAUUGUGACUGAAUACAUGCCAUAUGGGAAUCUGCUUGAUUAUCUUCGAGAAUGUAACCGAGAAGAGGUGACUGCAGUUGUACUCCUUUACAUGGCCACUCAGAUUUCUUCUGCAAUGGAGUAUUUAGAGAAGAAGAAUUUCAUCCAUAGAGAUCUUGCAGCACGCAACUGCCUAGUGGGAGAAAACCAUGUGGUUAAAGUAGCUGACUUUGGCUUAAGUAGACUGAUGACUGGAGAUACCUAUACUGCUCAUGCUGGAGCCAAAUUUCCAAUUAAGUGGACAGCACCAGAGAGUCUUGCCUAUAAUACCUUCUCAAUUAAAUCAGAUGUCUGGGCUUUUGGUGUAUUGUUGUGGGAAAUUGCUACCUAUGGAAUGUCACCAUAUCCAGGAAUUGACCUAUCUCAGGUUUAUGACCUAUUAGAAAAAGGAUAUCGAAUGGAACAACCUGAAGGGUGCCCUCCUAAGGUUUAUGAACUUAUGAGAGCAUGCUGGAAGUGGAGCCCUGCUGACAGACCUUCUUUUGCUGAAACUCACCAUGCUUUUGAAACCAUGUUCCAUGACUCCAGCAUUUCUGAAGAGGUAGCUGAGGAGCUUGGGAGAGCUGCCUCCUCCUCAUCUGUUGUUCCAUACCUGCCCAGAUUACCUAUACUUCCUUCAAAGACAAGAACACUGAAGAAACAGGUAGAGAACAAAGAGAACAUUGAAGGGUCCCAAGAUGCCACAGAAGAUCCUGCUUCCAGUUCAGCACCAGGGUUCAUUAGAAGUGCACAGGCCUCCUGUGGGUCCCCAGCCCUGCCUCGAAAGCAAAGAGACAAAUCACCCAGUAGCCUCUUGGAAGAUGCCAAAGAGACCUGCUUCACCAGAGAUAGGAAGGGGGGCUUCUUCAGCUCCUUCAUGAAGAAGAGAAAUGCUCCCACACCCCCUAAACGCAGCAGCUCCUUUCGAGAAAUGGAGAAUCAGCCCCACAAGAAAUACGAACUCACGGGUAACUUCUCAUCUGUUGCUUCUCUACAGCAUGCUGAUGGGUUCUCUUUCACUCCUGCCCAGCAAGAGGCCAAUCUAGCACCUCCGAAGUGCUAUGGGGGGAGCUUUGCACAGAGGAACCUCAGUAAUGAUGACAGUGGAGGGGGUGGGUGGUCUGGCAUCACAGGCUUCUUUACACCUCGCUUAAUCAAAAAGACACUUGGCUUACGAGCAGGUAAACCCUCAGCCAGUGAUGACACUUCCAAGCCUUUUCCGAGGUCAAACUCUACAUCUUCCAUGUCCUCAGGGCUUCCAGAGCAGGACAGGAUGGCAAUGACCCUUCCCAGGAACUGCCAGAGGUCCAAACUCCAGCUUGAAAGAACAGUGUCCACCUCUUCUCAACCAGAAGAGAAUGUGGACAGGGCCAAUGACGUGCUUCCAAAAAAGUCAGAGGACAGUGCUGCUCCAACCAGGGAGAGACCAAAAGCCAAACUGUUGCCCAGAGGAGCCACAGCCCUUCCUCUGAGAGCUCCCUCUGGGGAUCCAGCCAUUACAGAGAAGGACGCUUCAGGGGUGGGGGUGGCUGGAGUAGCAACUACCCCCAAGAGUAAGGAGAAGAAUGGUGGUUCACGACUUGGGGUGGCUGGAGUUGCAGAGGAUGGAGAGCAGCCAGGUUGGUCUUCUCCAGCCAAGGCUGCAUCUAUCCUCCCAACCACUCACAACCACAAAGUGCCAGUCCUAAUCUCACCCACUCUGAAACACACUCCAGCUGACGUGCAGCUCAUUGGCACAGACUCUCAGGGGAAUAAAUUCAAGCUCUUAUCUGAGCAUCAGGUCGCAUCGUCUGGAGACAAGGACCGACCUCGACGGGUAAAACCAAAGUGUGCCCCACCUCCACCACCAGUGAUGAGACUACUGCAGCAUCCAUCUGUAUGCUCAGACCCUGCAGAAGAGCCAGCUGCCCCAACUGUAGGACAGCCCACUUCAGAAACCCAGGAAGGAGGAAAAAAGGCAGCUACAGGAACUGUGCCCAGCAGUGGGAAACCUGUGAGGCCAGCCAUGCCUCCACCUCAAGUGCCUCUGCCCACACCUUCCAUCUCGCCAGCCAAAAUAGCCAAUGGCACAGCAGGUACUAAAGUGGCUCUGAGAAAAACCAAACAGACUUCUGAGAAAAUCUCAGCAGACAAAAUCAGCAAAGAGGCCCUGCUGGAAUGUGCUGACCUACUGUCCAGUGCGAUUACGGAACCUGUACCCAAUAGCCAGCUGGUAGACACUGGACACCAGCUGCUUGACUACUGCUCAGGCUAUGUGGACUGCAUUCCUCAAACUCGCAAUAAAUUUGCCUUCCGAGAGGCAGUGAGCAAACUGGAACUCAGUCUGCAGGAGCUGCAGGUUUCUUCAGCAGUCACUAGUGUACCUGGGGCAAACCCUGUCCUUAAUAACUUAUUGUCAUGUGUACAGGAAAUCAGUGAUGUGGUACAAAGGUAGCCACUGUUAGCCUAACAGGAGAUGCACACAUUUCUGAGGGAGAGGGACUUGUUUCCCUUUGAUCUUGUUUUUAAAAAAGUGAGAGACUGAUACUUGAGUGUGUUUAUGUGAAGUACCUCAGAUCCCUGGGUUCUCACGUUUACAGGUUCAUCUCAAAUCACAAAAGGCAAGCCACAUAAGUAUGAGAGUGGUAAAUUCAGUGAGGGAAAGACGGUGGAAAAGGUUGGAAGCUGCACUGGAAAAUCAGGGAACUUGCAUCUGUCGUAAAAAGAAGAAACAUAGCCCUUUUCCUGCCUGGAAGAAUAAACAUGCAAGUCUGGGCUACACUCAGUCAGGCACCUGUCUGGGCUCUGGUAGUGUAAUUGUGCUCCAAGUCUCUCAAUGAUUGUGGAGAAGAAUAGAAAUGUAACAUGAGGUUCUAUUCAAGAUUGUUGGAGGUGGCUUUUGGCCUUGCUUCCACAGGUCAUUGCUGCUGUAGUAAGAACUGCAAAUCAGAUUACAUGAGUUCAAAACAAGGAAAUAUGGCCCUGUCUUUCUGUUCCUAUCCUGAUUUUUAUUGUUGCAUUAGUUGGUGCAGGAAAGAAAGAAUGCUGAAAAAUUUAAAGCAGUCAUUUUCCCCAGUCUCUAGUGCAUUGUUUACUAUGGACCAGGAUUGACGUUCUGCUUUGUUGGUGACUAUUGGUAAACUUUAUGUAUAACGGUCUACUUAAUGGUUCUUCUCUGCCCCUUGCCUGGCAAACUGUCUCCCUUUAUUUCUAGCAGCAUUCAGGGCAUUAAACCAACAUUGAUUUUGAAAAUAGUGGCCACUACAGGUUUUCACAGGGAAUCCUUUUUUGUGUCAGUACCCUUGCACAAUGAUAAAUUGGCCAAGGACAUGAGCCGUUGUGUACUUAACUAAGAUCUAGCUAAGCCAAGAGGCUUGCGACUGAAAGGAGCUAGGUUGGUCAAAAUGGCUUUUCCUCUGUACCUUUUUUUCCCUUCUCAUCUUAAAGCCAAUCUGGGUGGACCUAGGGAAAGGUAUUCUCUCAGUUACCCGCACAUAUUUUCACAUGCUCUUCUCUGACCACUUUUUUGUCCCACCCCCAUCAUUGUGCUUGUUUGUGUCAUUCACAUUGGGAAUAUUAUUUAUUUUGUAUUUCACCUCAAUUUAAUUACAGAGUGCAGAUUUGGAGGAAUCUGGGUUUUGGAGUAACAGACCCUGGGGAACUAGUAACUUAAUCUUCAAAUGUGUUUGCCCUCAAGAAAUAGGCAUUUUUCUCCUGCUACUGAAAUUGUGGAAGCUAAGUAGGAUGGCUUAGAACUGAAUCUGAUGGGUUAGACAUUAAUAAUGUUCUUGGUAUCAAGUUUUGCUCCAGUUUCUCCUUUUUUUUUAAUGCUUUAUGAACACUGUACUCCCCAAAGAGAACCCAAUGCAAAAUAUUUUAAAUUUUUUUCUUCAGAAUAAUUUCAGAUGUAUGAUAGGAAUUCAACAUUGAACAGCAUGUUUUCUUCCUGGCUUUGUUAUUGUUCUCCUGCCAAACCACAGCCCCAUAU